UGCUGUCUGCAGUGGAUCUGAGUCACGGUGUAAAGAGAAUCUAACGCAGCUGAGAGACGUGCUCUGUCUUUCAUGUCUAUCUAAAAGAUGGUCGUCCCUCCCAGUCGAACCUGGUUCCGAUGUAUGGGCCAGGUUUGUCAGAUGCAUUACGCGCUUCUUUGUGAUGCGCAGUGCGCCUGUACGCGGCUCAGUGGAACUGCUGCAGUGUAAACAAGCCCGGACGCGACUGCAGCGCUGCUGUCUGUGGACCCAAAGAUCACCACACGCAAACGGACUUGUAUUUAAACGGACCUAAACCAUGAACCUCUGUGUGUUUUAAAUGCGCUACGACAUCGGUGCCGCAGCGGAACUGGCCUGAACUCUGUUUGAGGAUUAUUAUUUUUUCAUUAAUCUGGACAUCUGUCACUCCAUCGGCUACUUUUGAGUAAAGCUGUCAUUGUUUAUCCGUCUACUCAAAUGGACUUUUCUAAAGUGGAAGUGUUGAGUCCUGCUUGAAUCUCAGGAAAUGACUGAUAACCAGGAAAGCUUAAAUGCACAAGAUAAGACUCCAUCUGGGAGCGCGACCUUGCCGCUCCGGCCGCCCUGUGAGCGGCUCUCUGGACACAAGAGCAGCGUAUGCUCCCGUUCAUACUUUGUGGUUGUGAUGGUGUUUUUUCACGUAUACAUCAUCAAUGUCAUUGCAUUGCUGUUUUACGUGCACUACAGCAGCGGGCAGGAAGAUGCCAGCCGGAGUCGUGAUGCUCCAGGGAGUAACCACCAGCGCCCUGAGUCGCGACGUCCGCCAUCAAAAGCAGAGUUUCUGCGUGAUGUUUCACUGACAAGAGUGGAGGGAAUAAGGGUGGGACAUGUCCAGAGGCUGUCACUGGUGCCAGGCAAAGUCCAUGAAAUGCGGACACUGAGUUUGAAGCCUCUUCUGUUUGAGAUCCCAGAGUUUUUGUCAGACGAUGAGUGUCGUGUUGUGAUGCAGCUGGCACAGCUAAAGGGUCUGAUGGAAAGCCAGCUAAUGGUACAAGAAGGCCAAGAAGAGCUGGCCAAGGAGCUCAACCUCAGCCCAGAGGAGAUCUUCAACCUUCUUGAUAUCAACCAGGAUGGACAGUUACAGCUCCAUGAGAUAUUGACUCACUCUCGAGUGAGAGAUGGCAUCUGGCUCACACCAGAGAAUCUGCGAGAGAUCUAUGCUGGGCUCAAAGCUGACAAGGAUGGUAAUGGUUUGCUGAGUCUAGAAGAGUUCAGGGUUCUUAGCAGUGAUGCCUUCCAGCGCUUCCUGGUUCAGCGAGGGGUAAAAAGGAGUCAGCUGGUGAGGAACAGCAGACACACAUGGUUGUACCAGGGGAAAGGAGCACACCAGGUCCUCCAAGACAUCAAGGAGAGGGUGACUCGCCUCACUCGGCUCCCAUCCACAUUAGUGGACCUCAGCGAGCCAUUGCAAGUGGUCCGAUAUGAGGAGGGAGGACACUACCAUGCCCACCAUGACAGUGGCCCUGUUUAUCCAGAAACUGCCUGCACACACACCCGAAUGGCAGCCAAUACCUCCACACCCUUUGAGACAUCUUGCAGGUACAUCACUGUUCUCUUCUACCUGAACUCUGUUGAGGGGGGCGGGGAGACCGCAUUCCCUGUGGCAGACAACAGGACCUAUGAUGAAGUGUCUCUCAUACAGAAUGAUGUGGAUCUUUUGGACACCAGGAGGAAUUGUGACAAGAGUAACCUGAGGGUGAAGCCGACCAAAGGGACAGCUGUUUUCUGGUACAACUACCUUUCUGAUGGAAGAGGCUGGGUGGGAGAGCAGGAUGAAUACGCUCUCCAUGGAGGCUGUGUUGUCACCCAUGGCACGAAGUGGGUCGCCAAUAAAUGGAUCAACAUCGAUCCAGAUUACCAGCGGCAGGCUCGCUUCCAGCAGCUGGUGUCACAACAGCCAGAGGAUGAUGAUGAUGGCCUCAGUCUGAAAUCUGAACUACAGAGUUCUGACACCCACCAAGACUUGUAGCUCUUAAACCAAAACAAACAAAAAAACUCGACCUAGCCUUCCUCAGUCCUGUGCACAAAUGUUUUGGUAAUUUUGUGGCCAGUAUGUAGAGACAAGAUUUAUUCAGGGAAUGAGGUCACAGUAGGUUUAUGCAACUGUAAAGAAAUACUUUUAUUAAAUAUUGCUUGGAGAUUGUUAUCCUGUUUUGUAAACUACCGUAAUUUUUCAUUUUAGGAAUGUUGCACUAGAAACUCAUUCAAGGAGUUGAGACACUUAAAACCUUGCAUGCAUUAGCCUCACAAGUUGUUGUUGGAGUAAAAAUUGCACUCAAAUAUUGAAAUGGCUACCAUAAACAUUUCAAAGCUCAAUCUUGUUACUGCAACCAUUACCAAAAUAGGCUCACACGCAUUCCGUGUGAUGCAUGUUGCCUUGUCUUUGUUCCUUGAAUUAUUAUUUUCUGCCAGAUUGUUCUUGAUUAAAUGCCUGAUGUAUGUUGCUUUUUAUUUAAUUUAUUGUUCUAAAACCACUCACUGUCAUUUUCCUGCACUGAAUAAAGGUUAAUUAAGCUCA